GAGAGUUGAUCACCCCCAUACGGCCACAUCUUCCCUGUAAACUUCGAGACCACUUCCAUUUAUCUAAGCUGUUCUCUUCUUCUUCUUCUUCUUCUUCUUCUUCUUCUUCUAUCCCUGCGCCAUUCCGCUCAAACCGCCGUCGUUACUCUUUUCUCCUACAGAGAGAGCGUUUCGAAUCGAUUCCCCAAAGAGGAAACUCCUCGGGUACCUCGGUACGCCGUGAUAAAACUGGUCUCAAUCCCACCAAUGGUUUUGACUCUACGGGUUUAAACGACUCUUCUCGGCGGAGAGCUGGCCUCUCUCUGAUCCCGCUGAGCUCCGCCGGCUUCCAUAUCUUCCGGAACCUCCUUGAUCUUAAUACAUACUCCUCCUCCGUUCAACCUGGUCUUGUUCUCCUUUGAGAGCAUGCCUUCGGCCUCGGAGGUUCAACAUGACGCUGCUUCUCCUUUCCCUCGUUCCGCCAGCUAUAACCAUCUGCCUGCACUGGGUUCCAAUGUGAGCCAAUCUGAUGUAAAGAGGACGUUUUCAGAAACGAAUCUACCGCAGUUGUCGGAAAAUCCAGUUAGACUGGACCAAGAUAGCUUUAUGACUGGAAAGAAAGUUCUACGCCAGGCCUCUAUCCGCCUAAAAAAUGACAGAUCAAAGGUAAAGGAGUUUGCCAAUUCGAGUUCUGACGGAAACGUGCAAGGCCCAACGAAAUCGUCAACUCAGAGGGACACUGACAAGACCUUGUCCAUGGAACGGGCCUCCAAAUCACGCUCAGUGUCAAGCACAAUUGCGACCUUAGCUCGCAAGCCGUGGAUAUCAUCAAGGUCUCCGUCCCCUUCAGCCCCCAGGGAAAUAAGGCCGAAGAUUACAAAGUCCAAUGGUGUAGCUUCUGUCAAUUCAAUUGGAAAUGGCACUGUAGAAAAAGAUUCACACACCAAACCACAGGGCCCAUAUGCACAGCUUCCUGAAAAGUCUCAACGAAGUAGCAUUCUGGUUAAAGGUAGUCGGAAAUCGAUCAUCUCUGGAGCCAAACCAAAACUUGAGGAUCCUUCUAACUCUCAAAAACGCCCUUCCUUUCCCUCACUACGUGCGAGAGUUUCAUUAGACCGACUCUCAGCCUCUCCAUCCGGAUCGAAUGACGAUAUUCCGCCCGUUACCCAGAAGCGUUCUGGGCAAUUGCCCCAACUCAAAGUAGAUCCGCCUCGGAAAAAGGACGAGCUUUGGUCUGUCUUUAGAGGCCUCGAUGCAGACUACCAAAAAUUUUGUUCAAAAAAUAGUUCUCUCAAGGCCAACGUCCUUCGGUCAUCCCUACUUCCAUUUCUUUCAUCCUACGCCAAACAUCCAUCCACCCAGUUUCUCCGGCCUGAAGACCUUGAUAGGCGGAUAAAUAUCUUAAAUAAAUGGUGGACGGGACUUCUCGAGAUUCUCAAUGGGAGAAAUAGCCAAUCUUUGAGUGGAGUGGAUAGACCUGUUUUUCUGGAAGCCAUUGUUGGAAUUAUGACAAGACCGGAAUGGCGUAUUCCAACCUUGCAUGAUUCGCCGUCACCUUCUACGCCUACUGCACCCCACGUUCCAGCCCCAAUUUCCAGGUCCAACACAUCCCUUGAAUCAACCGGGACGGAUUUUCUCAUCGAAUCAAUACACCACAACAUCCGGAAUAUCUUCGCUCAAAAUCUCCUAUCACAAAUCGGCUAUUGUAUUGAUAAAUUGUCAAUGAGGCAAACCCCAGCUAGUCUUGUAACGUUUGCUGGUAAGACAUGCGCUUAUGCAUUCUUCUUUUGCCCUGGUGUUGCGGACAUUCUCGUGCGACUGUGGAACACCACCCCCGAUACUCUCCGAAGGGUUUUGAUUGGAUUCAACGUGGACUGGAGCGCUAAAGCCAACCUUGAAGCUUCUGACUACAUCUCAUCGUACUUCCCUGUGGCUCUGCGAUCUUUAUGUUUCAGGUCUCAUUCCAGUCUUGUCCGCUGUCUUCGACAGAAAACGCAACCUCCCUUAGGUGCGACCAACGUUAAUUGGUCAGGGCCAUGGGUUUCACGUUGGUCAGGGAGAGAUACCGAUCUUUUCUUCGUUUUUGCCAAGCAUUUCCACAUAUUGGUUGCGGGAAUUUUACCCCUUGGAUGCGAAAGAUCGAAAUAUGUCUUUGUUCCAGGACUUCUUUCGGUUCAUGCGCAGAUAAUGACUGUUUUGGAACAUACUGUCAACAAACAGUCAACUGCUUCAGUGGUGGAUAAUAUUCAUGCACCAACAUCAACGACAUUCGAAGAUUUCAUCGAUGGUACGGAUGCUUCUGCUUCCGCCAUACCCUUGGGAACGGCGAAUUCGCUGCGGGUCAUGUCCGAAAAUCGUCUCAUUCUAUUGCUAAAGGACAUCGUCACAGAUCGGUCCCUUGACCUGUCUAUAAAGCAAAUGUUUGUGGAAAAUUUUUGCGCAAUCCUGAAGGUCGCGACGAAGAAAAUUUCUCUCUUCGAUCAUAACGGAUGCUUUGUGUUGUUCGACUUCGUAGAGGAGCUCGUUUCGGUAAUUCCGCCUUAUUGUGAAUCAACACAGCAACCGGACUUACUAGACUGGAACUUUUGGCUAGAUGUCUGCAAGCAAAUGAUGAAAAGUAAUAACUCUCUCACAGAAGUGAGGGUUUUCUCUUUCAUUUACGCUGCCUGGGACGAGAUAAACCGGGUGGAUGAGCUCAGAGAAGCGUUGUGCGUGGGAAUACUUUUGAACGAAACCUAUUUCUAUAGGUACUUCAAUCAUUGGAGCCCAAUGGUUCGCGCGUAUUUCCACAGGCUGUUAUGCUGGCGGCUGGCUCGAUGUGAAGGAAAGCCCUCUGCGCUGGAUUUGCGUAUAUACAAUCUUCUAUUGGACAGGCUUUCUGGAAUCUGGAGCUACUUCCUUUUUCGCCAGUCAAAGGCUGAGAGAGAAUUGACCCCGCUGUUGUCGACUGCACCUUGUAGUCCAGCACCUGGGCGCCGAAUCCUUAUCAUCAGGAAUGACUACCAGCCCGCCUCCUCCUUAUUUGUCUGCUUGGACAACAUUAUCCCACCAUCAACUUCUUCCAGUCAGCCAUCAGCGUACAAAAGCCACGGAUCGCUACCAGACAUCGAGCCCAAUCAUUCCCGUUCCGAGUCUCCCUCAUCGUCUAGUAAAAAGCGAUGGAGGUCACUAAAAACCAUAUUCACGAGCUCCUCCAACUUGAAACCAGGGGAGGUAACGCCAACGAAGAGUACCCAUGACGAAAGCGAACACAGUACGAGCGACUCAAACCCCAGGGAAGGGCCAUUGAAACACGAAUCCCGACUAUUUCCGUCGAAGAAUCAGCCAAAAUACACCUUCAGGUUCUCACUGCAGUGGAACGAUCGUGUCAGAUGGCCAUCCAAGGACAGACGCCUGUUCCCACCUGCCCUCCCGCUCCCUACCCAACUUUUCCUCCAGUCACUUCGAACGAAUGACACCAAACAAACCGACUCAGCCGAUGGCUCCCUCUCUAACUCCCUCUCCGGAACCGACUCCGACGACGGCUCAGACAGCGAAGGCGCCGAGAUAAACUCCAUCUCAAAAACAACAACCGCAACCACAACAACCACUGCAGCUUCUAGCCUUGCCAACACUUCAAAUAUCGGCCUCGCCACCCCCCCUGGGGCUCCCGUGCUCACACCCUCUCCCGCUCCAAAACCUAACCUCACCGUUUUCACCGCCUUCGAAUCCCACACAGACGCGGGCGGAGGAUAUCAAUACCAAUAUCACCCGCUCGUAGCGAGUAAAUAUGCCGGUCGCGCGCUGGCGGAGUGGGCAUUGGUUGUUUGCGAGUGUGAUAAUUUCUUCGCACGACGACGCGAUGAGGGUGUUCCGACCGACGAUGAGGUGGAGAUACCGAUUCUGGGCGUCGAGAGUUUCCGGAAAUGAUAUCUAUUCAUACAUAUAUAACGAUGGGCUUCUGUCCCCCCCCCCCCCCCUCUCUCCCCUUUUUUUUUCUCGUUGUCUCUCCUAUAGACACUCUCUUAACCCCCCUUGCUACGAAGGGGUAUGCCGCCAUUGUACAGUACCAGGAUCUGGACAUAGGUAUAUAUAUAUACACUUUUCUUUUCUCUGUUACCUGCUUAUUUUAUAUCAGGUUGGUGAUAGCAUAUCGGUGGAUUCAUCACGAAUAUGCGGGAAAGCGACGCUUCACUCUUCCUAAAUUCGCCGCCUUACCUAUUUCUUUCUUAUCAAAAGAAACCUCCGUCCUAGUUCUUUUCUUCCUUUCCUUUUUGGUGGGGAGGCAUUUCUUUUUUGGGUGCCUCUGUUCUGCACCUGCAGUUUUAUUUCCUUUUGUUCCUAGGUAAGGCAAGGCAAGGCACGGUCGUGGCGUGGCAUGGCGUGCGUGGCGUCUUUAAAUUUUUGUGUGCUUGCUUCGUUUCCCUUUUGAAAUCAUUAACUUCUUUCCUUUUUUUGGUCGUUCUCCCAAGGAUGGCGGUUCAACAGGUUGGUUGGGUGGUUUGUUGGAGCUUGUAUGCAUGCAUUGAUUAGAAUUGUUUUUGCUCUUAUUGCUUCGAUUACGAUUCGUUUCGUUUCCAUUAUCAUCCACCCAUUAAUUAUCGUUCCUGAUCAUCAUGUACGUGCGUUUAGUUCGUGUGUUUGUGUGUUUGUGUGUGGGGGUUGUGUGUAUGUGUGUUCGAUUUUCAUAAUAAAUGCGUUGCAUCACAUUUUUUGGAAUUCAAUUGCGACUCGCUUCAAAUCUAGUUCUCUUUUUUGAAAUCAGUUUUGUUUUUAUCUCUUCCUACCCCUCCCUCCCUCCCUCCCGUGGGUUUCUACGUCACGGACAUACAUACAUAACCCUCCCACAUUUGUCCUCUCCCCUCUCCCUCUCUCUCUUCCCCAGCUGAGAAUAACAAUCGCGGAACUGACCUUUCUUUCUUUCGUCUCGUUUCUAUUCAUUUUACUCAGAUAUAUUAGAUAUAUCUGCAUCGGUACAUAUGUGUGUGUACAUACAUGUACAUAAGUUCUCCGGGCUACUCUCACCCGGAUGGAAAUAGCUAUCUCGUCCGGUUUUUACCAGGAUAGUUAACUAUAAUAUAUAGUAGGUUAACUAGUUUACUAUUUACUACUAGCUAACUUAAACCUUCCAAACAUCAAAACCCAAAAUCCAAAACACGG